AUGAUUUUAUUUCGUCCCAGCAUUUGGCUGUCCCUUAUUAUCAGCUCUCUGCUGAUAUUGCUCUACUUCCACCUUCCCCCUCCACACAAGGACAAACAAGCUCCAUUGGAUCUCUUGCCUUUGCCAUUACCAGAGAAACCGAACGUCCUGCAUCCAGGAAAAUUCAUCGAUCCCACUUGUCCCGAUGUUCAUGUUGUUUUAUCGCCGACAGAUCCAUCUGAUGAGCCUGAGGGGGAGGGUACCUUGAAUGACUUGCCACAGCACAGAUUCUAUCAAGGGGGAACCGUCACUUUGACAACCAAGAAUGGCUCGACUGAACACCCCAUGCCGGCAAUCUAUGACCCCUAUCCUGCCUAUAAUACGCCCCGAUGGCGCAAGGCAUGGGCGGGAAGAUUCGAGGCUUGUCGUGGGCCUCGUGGGAGAAAUUUGGAUCGCGGUAGUAGUGAGGACAUGAUGUCUGUCUAUCGCGGGACACAGAAGGGGUUCCCCGCCUCCAUGUUCGGAUCUCACAAGGCCCUCGGUCUAGAUCAGGAUGUCUGUGUCGAUCGCUAUGCUCGCUAUGGUCCCUACGGGAUAGACGAGAACAAUGCCGCAGAUAUACCAGGAUUCCGAAGACCCGGCAGAGUCCUCUGGGCAAACGUCAAUUGGGGAUAUCUUCAAUCACAAUGCUACGAACGCAAUGCCAAACGAUACCGCCCUGAUCGACCGAAUCAGCAUUACGGACAGCACGUUCUCUCUCUGUACCCGCCAACUCUCGGGGAGCAUAUGAAUAUCCCGAGUAAACCCGUAGGCCUUUCAUACAAGACCCGCUCCGCUCUCGUGCUGCGCGCCUCGGAAACAAUGCGAUGGACCCCAAGUCACAUCCAAUAUCUCCGCUCAUUGAUAAUGGAACUCUCCUUACACACCGGAUCCGAGUACCAAGUCUUCUUCAUGAUAGAUGUCCACGACAAAUCAAUCGAUCUAAAAAAUGACGAGGACGCAGUCCGAGGACUAAAGCAAAGAAUCGUGCCCUCAGAAUUCUGCAAUAUGACUGUCCUCUUCAGCGAGCGUCUCCUAGCAGAAUGGUAUCCAAAUAUGAACGAGCAUCGCGCAAUCUACCAACACCUCCAAGCAACGCAAGUUUUCGCCCAGAUGUACCCCGAAUUCGACUACUACUGGCAACUAGAAUUCGACAACAGAGUCAUCGGCCACACAUACCAUUUUCUCGAACAAGCAAUCUCCUUCGCUCGGAACCAACCGCGGAAAUACCUCUGGGAACGAAACGCUUAUUUCUAUACACCUGGUGUCCACGGUACAUACGAAGAAUUCUCGAAUAUGGUCGCGAAUUCAAUGAACGGGAAACAUAGCGUCUGGGGACCUGUCAAACACGAGGGAAUCAAACCAGCCGGUCCAAAACCAUUACCCGGUUCACAGCCUGAGAAUGAUAAUUUCAGAUGGGGUGUCGGGGAAGAAGCAGAUCUGAUAACCUUCCUUCCAAUCUUCGAUCCGAGUAAUACAUCAUGGACAUUCCCGAAUAUGACCUGGAAUGUCUCGGAAACCAUCCCGCGUCGCACAUCUGUCAUCACGCAGUGGCGUCUUUCGAAGAACCUUUUGGCGGAGAUGCAUAAUGCACAGCGUCGACGUGGGAAGGCAUUCGCCUCGGAAAUGUCUGCGCCUUCUUGGGCUUUGCUGCAUGGGUUUAAGGCUGUGUAUGUUCCGCAUCCUGUGUAUGUGGAUGGGCAGUGGAGUCCGAGGGAGAUGGAUAGAUUGUUCAACCGGGGCACGGUGGAGAAUGUGAAUGGGGGUAGGGAUAGUAUUUGGAAUUGGGAUCAUCGGUUUGAUUUUCUUUGGUAUCGCUUUUCUUAUAUGUUUGCUACGCAGACUGCUGAGGAUCUUUUUCGGAGGUGGCUUGGUUUUGGACCGAAUCCGAGGUUGCGAUUGGAUGGUGUACGGCUUGAAUAUCGUCCUGGGAGGUAUUGGGAUGAUGGGGGGAAUCUGGAUGAAUCUACCAAUGGUCGAUUAUGUUUCCCUUUCAUGCUUCUUCAUAAUAUCAAGAACACAGAAGCUGAGAAAACGAACAAUUUGCCUGUUACGGAUUCUGCUUUGAAGGAUGAUGCAAUUUAA